ACAAAUUUAUUUGAAAAUUUGAUAACCUAACUUUUAAAUUUGUAGAAAUACAAAUGAAAUUUCUUUUGGGGAAAUAGGUAAUAAAAUUACAUGAACUACAUUUAAUUGUUUAGCACCAGAAUUAGAUAAAUAACAAUGAACACUUCUCUUAUCAAAUUAGCCCAGAAGUCCCUGUGCUCACAAUGGUCGCCUAUAUUAGCAUCGCAGCUCCACACGUCAGCUCCAUUAUGUCGAGUCGUUUCUGGAAAAUAUAGAAUCACCAAGAAGCGGGACAGACCACUGACAUAUGAAAUGGCAAACCCACCACACUAUAUCGCUCAUAGGAAGUCGUGGAACUCUUGGAAUACAUCUAACUUGAAAGACGGCCUUCGCAGGUCUGAAACAACUGUAGAAGAUGAAUUUAUCAGACGGUUUAUGACUGGAACCUGGCAUGGCUUAGUUUGUAGUGAGGUCAUCAUAAAGCGACAAUUCAACCACAUCAGAGUGGCAGCUAUCAUAAGGAGAGCCGUGUCUCCAACAAAGAUGUAUUUCCUGUUAGGCUACACUGAGGAAAUGUUAGCAAACUGGUUGCAAUGCCCCGUCACCUUGGAGUUGCAGACAGUUGACAGCUUCAAAGAUGUGGUGUUCAAAUAUAUUUAGAUGUUUUAGCUAUAUUGUGUAGGUAUGUAAUAAAAAUGUAAAUACUAAA